AUGUCGUCUGCAGACCCGCCCAACACCCCCGAUGCCGUGAAACGCUCCCGCUACACCUACCGCCACUUUCAAUUGUUGCGCCAAAGCUCCACCGCAACACCCUUACGCGCUAUUGCGCAUAUCGACCUCGAUGCCUUUUACGCCCAGUGUGAGAUGGUCCGCCUGGGGACGCCUCGCGACACCCCACUCGCGGUACAGCAGUGGGAUUCACUGAUCGCCGUGAAUUAUGCAGCGCGACCGUUCGGUAUCAACCGCAUGGUCAGCACCGCCGAGGCGCGGAAACUAUGUCCGAAUAUCGUCUUACAACAUGUUGCGACGUUCCGAGAGGGCGAAGGCGGUCGUUGGGCUUACCGAGAUGACUCGUUUCGGAGUGUUAAAACCGACAAGGUGUCUUUAGAUCCUUAUCGGGCAGCGUCGCGGAAGAUUCUCGCGACGAUGAAGGAGGAGUUGCAGAGGUGGUGCUCGGAUACAUCGGAAGGCGAGCUUGAUGACCUUACUCAAGGGAUUUUGCCUGGGCUGGAAAAGGCCAGUAUUGAUGAAGUCUUCAUUGAUCUUUCUCCCCUCAUCUACUGCGUCUUACUCCGGAGAUACCCUGAGCUUCGGGUCAUUUCUCAAGACGAGAAGAAAAUUGCCGAGUUGCCUUGCCCACCUACUACGGCGCUACAAUGGGCAUCUGAGGACUCGCUGAUAGACUUGAGCCCGCAGGAAAGUGAGGAAGAUGACCCUGACUGGGAUGAUAUUGUCAUGCUGGUGGCCGCUGAGAUCACGAGGUCGGUCAGAACUGCAGUGUGGGACAAGCUACACUACACCUGCUCCGCCGGUAUUGCUCGGAACAAAAUGCUUGCCAAACUGGGCAGCGCUUGUAACAAGCCUAAUAAGCAGACAGUGGUAAGGAAUCGCGCUAUUCAAAAGUUUCUCGGUGGAUACAGAUUCACUCAGAUCCGGAUGCUAGGCGGCAAGUUGGGAGAUCAGAUCACUGCUUUUUUCGGAACAGAGCAAGUGAGCGAGCUUCUCAAUGUAACCCUUGAGCAGCUGCGUGCAAAACUCGAUGACCACACCGCGACUUGGUUGUAUGCCAUCAUCCGGGGAGACGAUCGCAGCGAGGUCAACCCUCGAACGCAAAUGAAAUCCAUGUUGUCUGCAAAAUCAUUUCGUCCCAGCAUCAAUUCAGUUGAUCAAGCAGAAAAAUGGCUGCACAUCUUUGCGGCUGAUAUCUACGGUCGCCUCGUCGAGGAUGGCGUGCUUGAAAAUAGACGUCGCCCUCGAGUGAUUACUCUUCACCACAGAGUUGUGCAGAGUCGAUCGCGUCAAAUCCCAAUCCCUAGUUCUAACACCAUUGAUGAAGAUUUGCUAUUUGAACUGGCUAAGACUUUGCUUCGACAAAUGAUGGCAGAUGGACAGGCGUGGCCAUGUGCAAACCUGUCAUUGAGCGUGGGCAGCUUUGAAGAUGGCGUGGGCAAAAACAAGGCCAUUGAAGGCUUUUUGGUUCGUGCCGAUCAGGCCAAGUCUCUCAUUCAUGCCAGACCGCGAGACACCGUUACCUCCAGUGAACAGCCUUCGACAGAGAAAAAGAGGAAGAUUCACGAGGGCAUCAAACGUUUCUUCAAUCAACCCCAUGCUGAUGAUUCCGCUACAUCUGAGAAUGAAAGCCCUCAACUUCCAUUAGCUCAAGACUUAGCACCUAUAAUCCAGACAGACAUUGCGAAAUCACCGGACACCUCCCAAAUCCAGCAAUUUACCUGCAGUCGAUGUUCCAAAUCUAUCCCCGAGUACGACAGAGAGGAACACGACGACUGGCAUUUUGCCAAAGAUCUGGCAAAUCAGGACAGACAAGAAGUACGGGAUGCCCAACAGCAAAGCCACACACCGACCAACUCCCGAGCAUCCAAUACUCGUGGCCGAGGAGGUCGUGGCCGAGGAAAGUCAGAGAAAGGACAGAUGCGACUGGCCUUCUAA